ACACUUCACACUUCUCUUCGUCUCUGUCACUCUAUCUCUCAGUCUCUCACUCACUCACUCACUCAAUGAAGCCAUGUCCAUCUAAGCCAUGGAUAAAAAUGGUGGCCAGGGUCUUCGCAAUCUUCAUACAGAUGAUCUUCAUAGUAGAGUCUCACCCAAAAUCUGAUAAAAUUAUAAGUUUGCCGGGGCAACCUGACCACGUCAGUUUCCAACAGUUUUCCGGCUACAUCACAGUGGAUGAGAAGCAACAUAGAGCUCUCUUUUACUAUUUUGUGGAAGCAGAAGCACACCCUGCUUCAAGGCCUCUCGUUCUCUGGCUUAAUGGAGGGCCGGGUUGUUCCUCUGUUGGAGCAGGAGCUUUCACCGGGCAUGGACCCUUUAGACCAAAUGGAGAGAAUCUUGUGAAGAAUGAGUAUAGUUGGAAUAAAGAAGCCAAUAUAUUGUACCUGGAUUCACCAGCGGGGGUUGGUUUCUCUUAUUCUUCGAAUGAAUCAUUUUACUCCUAUGUCAACGACGAGAUCACAGCACAAGACAAUUUUUCAUUCUUGAAGCGUUGGUUGAUCAAAUUUCCAGAAUAUGACAACAGAGACUUCUUCAUUGCAGGAGAGAGCUAUGCAGGUCACUAUGUGCCACAACUUGCGCGGCUCGUUCUUCAUUCCAAUUUGAGACUCAAUCUAAGGGGAAUAGCUAUUGGAAAUCCUCUGUUGGAAUUUAGCACAGAUUUAAACUCACAGGAUGGAUAUUAUUGGUCUCAUGGGGUGAUAUCUGAUUCUGCUUACAAACUACUGAAAGUGGUGUGUAACACUUCUAGGUUCAACAGAGAGGCCAUUGGUGGCUCUCUUUCUGAUGCUUGUCUCCGUGUAUAUCACCAACUCUCUGAGGAACUUACUGAGUAUCUCGAUCCUUAUGAUGUGACUGCCGAUAUUUGUCUGUCAUAUUCAUUUAACCAUCUUCACCCACUUAGCCUCUUGUCCACUUUCCAACUUUUAUCAUCUAGUCACCAUAAUAUACUACCUGCUGCUCCUAAUCACAAGGUAGGCGCAAGCAAUGUAGAUGUGUGUUUGAAAGAGAAAACAGCCGACUAUUUAAACAGAAAAGAUGUUCAAAACUCACUUCAUGCUCGACUGGUUCGAGUCCCUAGAUGGAGUUUGUGCAGCAAUGUGGUAGAAUAUGACAUCCAAGACAGAGAAAUACCAAGUAUUCAAUUGGUAGGUUCGCUGGUCAAGUCUGGAAUCCGAGUGAUGGUUUACAGUGGAGACCAAGACUCAGUUAUUCCAUUCACUGGAACUCGAAGUUUAGUGAGCAGAUUAGCAAAAGAGCUGAAACUGAAGUCAACUCAACCUUACAGAGCCUGGAUUGAAGGAAAACAGGUUGGAGGAUGGAGUCAAGUUUAUGGAAAUAAAAACAUGCUGUCGUUUGCCAUAAUUAGAGGAGCAUCUCAUGCUGCUCCAUCCUCACAACCAAAGAGAUCUCUGCUUCUUUUCCACACAUUUCUACAGGGCAAACCACUUCCAACUUCGGAUGCUAUUAUUCCUUAGAUUUGUUUUCUUUUAUUAUUUUUUAUUAAUGCUUCCAUCAAGAGCAAAAAAAAUAAAAAAAUAAAAAUAUUGCUUCUACUUUUUUUUUUUUUUUUUGUUUAUUAGCUAUGACUUAUUAUUUUCCGUCUUCUUAAGUCGUUUGUUUUUUUUUUUUUAAAUUCAUUCCUUGUUAUAAUGGAUGUGAUGAAAUGUUACCAAGUGUAUAAUGAUAUUCAUUGCUUA